AUGAAUCAUUUUGUUCAUAUUGUUCCUUGGAGAUCAUGUUCAGAGUUCAAUGAAGUUCGUGAUUGGUUUUUUGGCCCAUCUAAAAGUCAAGAAACAUUGAUCAAAGGGCUUUCAAGAGUGAGUGCAUGGCAAGUUCGUGGUAGAGUGCCUCAUGCAGUUGAAGCAACGGCGAAUUUAACGUGUGUUUUGGUUCAAGAAGAGCGUGGCACAUGUGAUCCUCUUGGAUUACGUUUAUCCUAUGCAAUGGCUCUUACAAGAUUUGUUAAUGGGUUCUUAGAUCCUGAACAACAAGGUCAAUAUGCCAUAACGAUGCAAACUCUUGCACGAAAUAUCGAUCUUCCUUUGUCUUUUGUCGAAAUCCGCCAUGCAGCUACACAUGAGCAACUUCCAUCUCUAGUAUUAUUGCGCUCUAUGGCAAUUCGUGCAUUAGAAUGGUUAUUAGAUAAAUAUUGGUCUAAAUCUUCCGGAAACACAAUAGAUCUAAGUGGAAAACCAAAAGAAAAGAGAAUUGAAGAAAUUCUUAGAAAUUGGGAAGCAUUUCAGGAAAAAAAUUUUAACAACUCACUGGAAAACAAAGUUAAGGAUUUCGACAGUAAAGAUAUAUCUAUAAUGAUUAAAGAAUGUAUUAUUUUGUGUAGUAGUUUUGGUGGAAUUGAGAUAACAACAAAUCAGCUUUUAAAAAAAAUAAUAGCAUUACCUAAAGACAUGAGUAAGGAAGACUUUUUUAGCAAAACAUAUGAAAUUUGGUUGCCAUUUAUUAGAAAAGUAUCUUCAUCUAUGUGUAAUUUAGUACAAUUCUUUUUUUCACAAAUUAUUUUAAAAUUAGGCGCUUCUGAUGCAAAAAAUAAUUACGUCAUGGAUUCUUUGCCAAUUUUUUCUCUUUCAACAUUAAAAAAAACAAAAAAAAAAGAAGAGGAUAUGGUUUUGUUUGACAUUUUAUUAUUGUGGCUUCAAACCAUUUUGAAUCAAAAACGCUUAAGCAAUGAUUCCAUAAAACCUUUUUUCCCAGAAUUAUCAAUACAUAAAGUGAUUCAAGCUUGUAUACAACAAACGGAUUGCUAUACUGCUCAAUUGUUACAAAAUAUUAUAUCAUUUGACGAAAAUCUUUCAAAAUCUUAUGAAUCCCUUAUUUCUUUGCGUAUUAAUACCAAUUCUCAAGUAAAUUCUUUGCCGAUGAAACGUCCUUUGGAACAAAUUGGAAAUGAAAUUGAUCUGUUUAGAAAGCGCCUUCAAAAAUCACUUAUACAUUAUUCUAAUUCUGAUCAAUCUACUCAAGAAAAUAAUGAUUCUACUCAAGAAAAUAAUGAUUCUACUCAAGAAAAUAAUGAUUUUGCUUUAGUUCUUGGAAAUGGCCGAUGGAGAAAAUUUCAGGGAACAUUUACUCCUUUGCCAAUAGGCAUGCCUUAA